ACUAUGGUAGUGAUUGUCCAAGCGCCAAGGAAAUGGCUAGAAGAAAGUAAUGUCAACUCGUUUAUUGAGAUGUGUUUAACUGGACUGUCAAUGCGGUCCAGAGAUAUUUUUAACGGCGCAGUGAACCCUUACGCACCUGUCAUCCUCAACUAUGGUGGGGUCCGUGCAAAGGUGCACGGAAUGGUUAGCGGAUACUGGAUCCGGAGAGUGGAUCUACCAUUUUCUGAAAUCUUGAAUGAAGAAAACUAUACUGGAUUUAAAAUAUAUUUCCAAGUACCUAAAGAAUGGGUUGAUAACUGCAUCGAUCUGCAGAGAUUAACCGAUUUUAUCGUGUUAGCGGCGGGAGUGAGACGCUAUGGUCUUUUUGGAAACGUAUCAUUUGAUUCGGAUGAGUACUUCUUGGAGCACUUGGGGAUUGUCGUGGAAAUUAAGGAGGUGGGGGAAUGCAAGUUCCUCCUAGAGCGAAGACCUGACAUUCCAAAUCUAUGUGGUGAUGGAUUUGAUUUCGAUAUCAUCAACGCACAGGAAAUCAAUAUUUAUGAUAAGCCUGAAGAAGUCGAAGAAUCGGACACUGAAACUCAUUCGCAAAUGGAAAUAACUUUCCACAAACCAACUCAAGAAGAAGGAGAAAAAGAAGAAGAAAAAGAAGAAGAAGAAGAAGAAGAAGAAGAAGAAGAAGAAGAAGAAGAAGAAGAAGAAGAAGAAGAAGAAGAAGAAGAAGAAGAAGAAGAAGAAGAAGACGAGGUUUUAAGGGCAGUGAAACAAAUUUUAGUAAAACAGCAGGAGGAGCAAGUUGAGGCACAAAAGGGGGAGCAGGUAGUGGAAGGCGAUGUUGUUCCCUAUAUUGACCCUCUGAAUGCUGUUGUUAAAAUUGAGCCGGAAGAACAGCAAGACGAACAAAUGACAGAAUGAUAAAAAGUUUUUUUUAAAAAAAGGUCUUUUUAUAUUCGUUUCA